CUAGGCGCGUAUAUACCUGCUUCGUAUACUUUUAAAUGCCUGCCGCUGCAGCACGGAAAAACGUCUAUCUGCGCUUAUCGGCCGUGGAGUUUUUUAAAAGCCAAGAACCUCGUCUACGCGUGCAGCGGAGAGUCGAAAAAUCUGCAGCUAUAACGACGCGACACGAAAACGUCCGCGCGCGGAGACGAAAGGCGUGGCUCUGCCUCUGCGCAGAGAGGAAGCGCGAGUGUACGAGAGAGAAAGAGAAGCGUGAGUAUGUGUAGGCGCGCGAGAGCGUCCAUUCGUCGAAGCGAGACGGAGCUAUAGCCCGUGUACAGAGCCGAGAGCUGCUGCUGCUGCUGCCUUCAGUCGCUCUACACUGGCUGCUCCUGAGUGUCGUGUGUCCGCGCGAGAACUGCUGCUCUGUGUGCGCACUGAACACUCGUCGUCGCGAACCUCGACAGGAGCAGCGGCUUUUUUCUUUUUUUUUUUUCGACUCUGACGUCGCAGUCGUUCUGCAGAGCCUCGCUCUGUUCGUUGUUGUGCGCGCUUGUACUGCACCUUUGUGUGACAGCUAUAGACGAUUGAUAGAGACACGUAUAUAUAUAUAUGUGUGUGCGGAGUGCGUGUGCGCGUUCGCGGCGCCGAUGAAUGAAAAAGAAGAACGGACGCCGAGGAGAAUCGCUUCGCCCGCGAGCUGCUGCUGUGCACUGCUGGCUUAUCGGCGGAGUUGAGUCGGAAAAACGUGUCGCAUAGCGGAUCGAUAAGCCUGUAUCGCGGAGACUAUGCCAAAAUCAUCGCUAUCAGCAGCCUCGUCGUCGAAGAGUACAACAGGCAGCAUCCGAGAGAGCUGAGGGAAAAAGAGAGAGAGAGAGAGGGACGGACGCUGCGGAGAAGAGAAGAAGCAGCAGCAGCAGCAGCGGAGGAAGAAGAGAGAGAGAGAGAGAGAGAGAAAGAGCGUAGGUAGAGAGCGAGCGAGUUGCACUGUCCUCCCCCUUCUCCCUCUCGAUGCUGCAGCAGCAGCGCGCGUUAAUGAGCACAGAGCAGCAGUAGCUACUCUCGGUACUGGAUGGCAGCGUCGUGACUGACUGUGUGCGCGUUUCCCCCGAGAUCGAUCGGCUCCUCGCGCGCUACUUCACAGCGUGUACUAUACACGCAUACUCUCGUUCUUCGUGCAUCCACACACACACACACACACACACGUACGUACAAGAUGCCGGCUGACGAGGGACAAGAGUCUACUGGUCUCGUGAGCAGCGACUGGCUGUUCAAGGAGCUCCGCUGCCAGGGCCCGUCGCAGACGACCACGAGGCUCCUGGUGCUCGACUGUCGCGGUGGCGGCGAGUACGCCGAGAGCCACAUCAGGGGCUCCGUAGCUCUGGCGAUACCGAGCAUCAUGCUCAGGAGACUAGCCGCGGGCAAGGUCGAGCUGCUCUCGACCAUCAAGUGCCUGGAGCUCAGGUCACGCGUCGAGAUGCUGCUCGGGGUCAGCGAGGAGGAGAGCUGCGCCGACAAGAAGGGCUGCUUCGUCCUCGUGGGCGAUUCCACCGAACCUGCCGGACACCAGGGAGAGACAAUUCACGUACUCGCCAGGAGACUCAGGAGCUGCGGCGGAUGCGUCGCUACGCUGCAAGGUGGAUUCGCGGCCUUCAGAGACAGAUACCCGGAGUGGUGCGAAGGCAGUCAAAACUGUACCGAGGGACCGAUAAACCCGGACACGAACGAGGGCGAACUCAUGGGACUCAGGUCACUGCGGAUAUCCACGCCGCCCACGAGGGCCUAUUCCGACUCGGAUAGCGACAGCACCUGCGAUUCCAUUGGCCCGGAGGAGGACAAGGACUUCCCAGUGGAGAUCCUGCCGCACCUGUACCUCGGCAACGCGGCCAACAGCGAAGACAGCGAGGCGCUGGCCCGCCACAGGAUACAGUACAUCCUCAACGUCACGCCGGACCUGCCGAACGUCUUCGAGAGCGCCGGCUCAAUCAAGUACAUGCAGAUACCCAUAAGCGAUCACUGGAGCCAGAACCUUGCGAGCUUCUUCCCACAAGCCAUACAAUUCAUCGAGGAGGCGCGCAACUCGGACAAAGGUGUGCUGGUGCACUGUCUCGCGGGCAUAUCACGCUCCGUGACCAUAACCGUCGCCUACCUCAUGCACAAGUGCAGCUUGAGCCUGAACGACGCGUUCAACCUGGUGCGCAGCCGCAAGUCCAACAUAGCGCCCAACUUUCACUUUAUGGAGCAGCUGCACAGCUUCGAGCGCGAGCUGAGGGAUCACCGCGAUCGCAGCGCCGGCAGCGCAAAAAGCUCGGCCGGCCCGGAGCAGCGCUGCAUCGGCGCCUGCCGACCCGGUGGUCCAUGCUCCUGUCCCGCGACGAGCUUCCUCAGUCCCAUCGAUUUAGGCCUCAGCCCCGACUCGGGCAUCGAAUUCGACAGGUGGGCCGCAAGCACUCCCGCCGAAUGAGACGGGCCCGGGGGGACCCAGUACAAGUUCUAAACACGAGGUCACCCCCGCUCAUCGUGCGACACUACACCGACACACACACACACACAUAAUAUACUUAUUAUAUUAUACACAGAAACAAACACGUACGCGUAUAAACGCUGUCAUGCGAUGUCCACGAUGUAUAACACGAUUAAUAUUAUAUCAAUAUUAUUAUCAUUAUUGUUUUAUCAUAAUACGUAUAUGAGAGGCUCAGACGCUUAGGAUUUUCAAAAAAAAAAAAAAACGAGCUACAUAUGUACAGCACUGUGAUUCGAAUUUCGUUUUUCUCUCUUAGCUUUUACAUUAGACUUUUGGAAGAGGCUCUUUAAGCGUACGCAGAUGAGCUUCGAUCGAAGAACUCGUCUCGUAUUCGCGUAUACGCUGGAGAUUUCUCGUUAAUGCUCUGCAACGUAGUGCUUUUUAGUUGAUUUUAAUACACAGAUUGGUUUAGUUUUGAAACUGUGCUGGUGUUGUCGACGUUCUCCAAUUGACAACGAUUCCAUAACUCACGAAUGCACCAGAAUGUGCGUCGUGAAAACUUCGUUUCGAAUCAUUUCAGGGUAACCCAGUCUAAUUAAAACUUAGUUGGCUUAGGUUUAACGUACUUUUUUCAUGUUUUAACCGCUUCGGAGUCUCCAGAGACGCAUUUUUAACAAUCUUAAAUGAACAAACUACGGAAAUUCGUGCAGUCAUUUGAAUCCGAAUGAUACCUAUCCUCACUGGCAAAGAAAAUUAUUUUCUACGUAUAUACCUUAGCAGGUAUGAAUUUUCAGACAAAAUUGUCAAGAUUUUUUUACAGCUGUCCAAAACUUCGAAGAGUUUUCGCAUUUUUUUUACAUGAAAAUUAAAAUUUUUCCACACUUUUGAGAAAUUUUUCACAAUUUUUCACAAAUUUUUCACAGAAGUAUUUCCAUGAAUGUGUAGAUGCUGUAUUUUUGAAUAUUUGUUUUUAAAUGAUGAAAGUGCGUUGAGGAUAUAGGAUAUAUAAAAAUCGCCUCUCCAUAAAAUAAUUUCUAUCGCUCAAAGAUUUUUUUAGCGCACGCGCAAUUCGCACAAAUACUUACAAUUAUUUGUUUCAUUAAACUGUACAUUUUGAUCGCUCCAAUUUCGAUCGACCUGGUUUUAGCCAUCUGAUGCACAAACGAUAAUUAGAAGUUUAUUUAUUGUAACAUUGGUUUUACAGCGCGUACAAUUAAUUGUUACAAUCAUGAAGGGUCGAUAGUUUUCAAUAAUGAUUCAUGAAUUAUUAUAUGGAAUUAAUUAUUUUUAUCUUUAAGGUCAAUCUAUUAUAUCACGAUGACGUCAACAAUAAAUUGACCUUGAUGACUGAAAUAGAUAGAUCAAUUAAUUUUAUAUACUAACGAGGUUAAUAGAUGAUUUUUUUAUUAUAUUAAAGGAUUUUAUGAUUUCAUCUAUUACAAAUUAACUAAAAAUCAUCGUGCUUUUAAAAAUACGUAAUAGAGUUUACACGAACUUGGAAUGAUUCUUCCACGAGAACUUGUGAUAUACCAACAGUUGUUUACAAACCAAGACGUUUAAUUUGUUUUACUGAACGAAAAUGUUUAUGCAGGGGCGUUUUUUAUUCUGAUAGUUAUAUAAUCGAAACUUAAUUCGAGUAUGAAUUACUCUUAAGAACGGCAUUCAUACGUGUCAAAUGUAACGCGAGUGUAAAGGGGCAUCGUCCACAACAUUUUUUUAAUUGUGUCAAGUAUAAAUAUAGAAGUAACGGAGAGAAUAAGAAACGAGAUUUUUGAUGACUGAAUCCAGUUUCGUCAAAUGCAAGUACCUACAUAAGCCUCCAGUUUUUCAGUCUUUCUCUAUUGAGUUUAUCUUCCUUUGCAUUUCAAGUAUGUAAGAAUAAUAUGCGUACAAGUACAAUAACUUUUCUUUUGGAGAGAUUUAAUGUAUAUAAUAUAUAUGUAUAAUGUACAAUAUCAAGAAUGGUACAUACACAAGAGAUUAACGGCACGACGAGAUAUCCGCAUUAUCGCUUUGAGUUAAUUGAACUACGCGUAGAUUAUUUUUCUUAAGUCGUGCGUUAUUCGCGCGUUAUUAUACUUUGUACAUCAUACAGAAACUCAAAAACGCAUCGCAAUAAUAUUAUUAUAUGUUGCGCGUGAAACCACAAGGAGAGAGUACAUACGACUGUCGGUGUUCUACGAGAAUUAGAAAAUGUUAUGAUUAAUGUUUAUUUCGACAAAUGACAAAAACGCAAUUCAAUGUCUCCACGUGUGCGCGGAAGGACGUCCUUAAGUUGUAAUAUCGUCGAUUACAUUAGUUCGAUGUGCAUAAAAAUCACAAAAUGAUAAAUGAGAAAUUGCGGGUGUAUCGUUGAAGUAGAGGCCGGUUCGACUGUUUUGCUUUACGGGAUUGCGCACGUUAAAUCGUGCGGAGUUACACUGUUCAGCGGUUACACGAGUUUUGAUUGCCAAUUAGUGUAAUUACUCAAUAAUUACGAAGUCAACUAUGUACGUAACUGUAUAAAAAAAGCAACCUGUAAAAGUUGAAUUUACUUUCCCGUCUAGCGAGUUGAUUUUCCAAACUACUACUGUAUUUACUACUGUUCUAAUUUCAAGAAGUCUAUACAAGAAUUAGGUUUAGCACGAAUCGCGAACUUUCCUGAUUCAGCAUUCCUGUUUUUAUUGCAUAUCGUUCAUUUAUAACUGACAAUAUUUUUUGUUCUCGUGGAAAAUUUUUUCUCAAACUCGAGAUACCGCGAAUCGAUUCUUAUCAAAUUUUGGAAGAUGUUUCAAAAGCAAUUAGUAACGAUAUUUUAGAAGAUUUAAGCGUUAAUAUAAAAAUAAACUGUCCGCUUAAAUAACGAAAAUAUAUAUACAAUUUGCAUAUCUGUUCUUAAAAAAAGGCAUGUUUUAAAAAUCGAAAAUUUUUCGACGAUUUUUAGAAAAAUCUUUCCACUAUACUGAUACUGCAGCUAUUUAGAAAUUAAUUGCAUAUAAAGAACGUAAAUUUAAGAUGUAUAACUGCAACUUUUGUAGAUGCGAUGAACAAUUAUACUUCAUUCACAAGAGCUGUAACUGUAUCAGACGCAAAUUUCUGUCGCAUUUGUGCUACGAAAAUUUUCGCUCUUUUUUACUCUCAUAAUGAUGCGAAACAAACCCUGUAAAGACAGUGAAUUUAAAAAAAUACGAAAGUGUGUCCAAGCCUUAGGUAGAAAAACCAAGAAGUUUUAUUUUUCUACAUGAAACGAAAGAAUAAAAAAACUGAACGUCUUCACUGGCAUUCGUUAAUAUAGUAAAGUCGAAGAAUCUAUUUUUUACAGUUUAUUACCUAGUAUUUUGUUCGUUGACUAUAUAGACGUGGUUAAUGAUGAAAUUCGUAAUCUCAAGUGCAUAAUACGCAGUUUUCUGGUAACCAAUGAACACUAUAAUAAUGUACCUUGUGAUUCAUUAGAGUCGCAUCACUUUUUCAAACGUAUUUUUAACCACGUGGUAAUAUCUUUUAGUCAAUACGAAAAUAAUGAAAAAAAGCAAAGAAAUUGUCCUAUUUUAUCUCACAAAUAUUUUUGUAAAACUGAGUAGCAGAGAAAUAAAAAAAAAAUAAGAAAAGAAACUGUGAGAGACGCUAGAAAAAAAAUCGCCUUCAGGACAUUCCGGUACAAUCGGGCGAAAGCAGAGACGCCUUGUAAAACAGAAUGAUAAAAUAAAGAGUAAAACAGAUGAAUAAGUAACUUUUGACGACACACGUAUAUCUUUCUUGGUGUACCGUGUAUAUUAUAUAAAAAAAA